UCUGGUACAGUCAUUCAACCUCACUACGUCCUUUCCGUAGUUAUGAAACUUUUCAACGCAGGUUUUGUAACCGAGACAUUCUGACCAAUCACGGCCCGAGCCUGCUGUUCACGUGACUGUGCUUUUUUUUAUGUAACAAACGGGUGUCUAUGGGAAAGUCCGUUCACUACACUGUCAUGGACCGCGGCAGCUAUAGAAAUGUAUAGACGGGUUAACAGAAGAAAACACAAAUCUACAUAACAUUUAUCUUCUUUUUUUAGACGCUAAAAUGUCGCUCCAACCGCAAGUAGAGGACACCGCGGAGGAGAGAAGCGCCUUCUUCAUCGGCGCAGCCGACGCGGACGACGUCUCGGCGGAGGAGGACCACCAUAAACUUAUACUACAGAAAGCUAACGCGCUAGCAUCGGAAAACUGCCUCAAAGAAGCAAUUGACUGGUUUUCAGUGGCUAUGCGAUAUGGCCCUGUGCGACCUGAACAACUGAGCACUUUCGCGGACUGUAUCCUCCGCAACUUUAAAAGGAAAGCGGCCGGCCCAGACUCACGUACGGGCCGGAGCCGGGGCAGCUGCGGGGAAGAUGUGUUUGACUGUCCCAACUGUCAUAGCUUUCUGGGUGAACCUGUGACCAUAGCCUGUGGACACUCGUAUUGUAAAAGGUGUUUACAACGACGGCUGCUCUCCAAAUGUAAGCUGUGCAGUGAAGCCGUAAGGGGUGAGGAGAAAGCCAAUGUAAUUCUGUGCGGUCUUUUAGAUAAAUGGUUCCCCGACGAACUGAAAAAGUCCAAAAUGUUGUGUGACGUGGACGAGCUGUGCAGGAGAAAACGCUACCAAGAAGCCGUGUCGCUAGCAACCGAUGUUAUCCGUAGCGAUCCACAGACGCAAGCAGUGGUGCGACUGUCUCGAGCGGAGGCGUACAUGGCUCUCAAGCAGUACAGUCUGGCAUUGGAGGACGCAGAGUUUUGUCCCGAGUCCAGCUGUUUUGCUGAAGCUUUGUUUAGGAAAGCUAUGGUGCUGCAUGAGAUGGGCCAGGUGGACGAGUCUCUCCAAGUCUUCCUCCACUGCCUGGCUGUGGAUGAAGACUUCCCCCGUGCUAAAAGACAAGUGGAAAAGAUCUUGUGUGACCUGCUCUCCCCGGUUGAUGAGAAUGUCAAGGUUGGCCUGAGGGAAACAACGCAGAACACGUCGCCUCAUUUGCGCAGCAAAACCCUCGUGGCUGAUGCCCAAGCUCAACCACAGAGCCCGGUCCAAAGACAGUACCAACACCAGGGCCGCGCUGCCUCUGCACACCACCAUCUGGACAACCAGGAGAAACGCUGGGAAAGUCUGGAGCGGCCUGGUCUGAGCCGAGCUCACUCGCUUCGAAUGCAUGGCUCUGGUUGUGCUGAAGAGGGUCUGAAGAGAGUUUGCUCUGCUCCUCAGCUGGGGGACCAGGAGAAGGGGAGCCUGCUGAAGAGGAAGUUGUCAGUGUCAGACGUAGAACCCUGUAUAGUGGCCUGUGGAAGUAGCAAACACAAAAAACAAGGUGUUGCGAAAGGCUCCAAACUGCGGUCUGCAAAAGCUAAAACCUGCAGAAGUGUUCCUGAGGAUCUGCUGGACAGCAAUGACUUAGAGUGCUCUCUUUGCAUGAGGUUGUUUUAUGAACCUGUGACUACACCCUGUGGCCACACCUUCUGUAAAAACUGUCUGGAACGCUGCUUGGACCACACACCCCAGUGUCCCCUCUGUAAAGAGAGUUUGAAAGAGUAUCUAGCAUGUAGGAAGUAUAUGGUGACAACAGUCCUGGACACACUGAUCAAACAGUAUUUGAGUCAGGAGUAUGCAGAAAGGACUAAAACUCAUCUGGAGGAAACCAGAGAACUUUCUGAUCUGACGAAGAAUGUGCCUAUCUUUGUGUGUACCAUGGCUUACCCCACCGUGCCUUGCCCCCUGCAUGUCUUUGAGCCACGUUACCGCCUCAUGAUUCGCCGCUGCAUGGACACAGGCACGCAGCAGUUUGGGAUGUGUAUUAAUGAUCCCCAGAAAGGGUUUGCAGAUUAUGGUUGCAUGUUGAUCAUCCGGAGCGUCCAUUUCCUCCCCGAUGGACGAUCAGUAGUGGACACCAUCGGAGGAAAACGCUUCCGAGUCCUGUCCCGAGGAAUGAAGGAUGGUUACAGCACUGCUGACAUUGAACACUUAGAGGAUACUAGGGUGGAGGACAGUGAUGAGCUGGAGAGACUACAAGACCUGCAUGAUGCAGUGUACGAGCAGGCCCGUGUCUGGUUCGAGAACCUCAAGAUCCGCUUCCACAACCAGAUCUUGCAGCACUUUGGACCCAUGCCAGAACGAGAAGCUGACAUCCAGGCAACUCCCAAUGGUCCAGCUUGCUGCUGGUGGCUGCUGGCUGUCCUGCCUAUUGACCCACGGUACCAGCUCUCUGUCCUCUCCAUGACCAGCCUCAAAGAACGCCUGGUGAAGAUCCAGCACAUCCUCACAUAUCUGCAAAGCAUCCCCAACAACUAGAGCUUCCUGUUCUCACCACUAGAAACAUCCUUUGGACUAUUAAACAACAUUCAAGCAACCUUGUAUCAACAUCUCACCAAAUUUUGUUUCUACAGCCAACUGAUCCUUUAAACUUUUAUUUCUACAGCUAUAAGACCUCUGUUUUUACUCUUUAUUUGUUUUAAGCAUACAUAAGAUCAGAGCAAAUCUGAAACAUCAUUGAAUGGAUCACUGAAACCAGAGAUACGGCCAAACCACCUCAGGGAUGCUUCCAAGGACACACACUAUUUGUGUGUGAUUGUCAGAAAUUAUUUUAGAAAAAUAAGAUGUUUGACCUUAAAUAUUCUCACCUGCUCUUGGCCUUUAUGCAGGCCAUUUUCCUAAGAACUUCCUGAAGGAUCUUGUUGAAAUGAGAAGAGCAGUUACUACUUCACUGGGUUAACAAUUUGUGAUGCUGUUGAAAACAACAACAGAGUAGUUUAUCAAAGAUUUUUGAGUGUACCUCCUUUAGGGAUAGCACUUAUGGCGCUGAGGUGGAGAGAGUCUGUUAUGGUUUGUGUUUUGUCCUCUCUGGUGAGACCAGUGUAAAGGAAGUUUUAUUGUUUGUCUCCUGGCUGUAAGAUUUAAUGCUCAUAUGGAGAAGGGAUGAGGUGAUUCUGUGGAACAAAAUCCUAAAUGCUGAAAGUCCAAAAAGUGAUAGCAAGAUUUAAGCUGAUGUGGUUUAGAGGAACCAAUCAGAAUUUGCAACUUGCACAACCAAGUGUAACUAAAGGCUGAUGUAUGUGUACCAACACAUGAUGAAAGUAUUAAUCAGUCUCUUCCGAGCAUCAAAUUUUCUUCUUAAUCACUUCCCCCACAUGCUUACCAUGCACAACUUUCAUCGCAGCCUCUAAGUAUUGGUGUAGGAACUUUCUGUUGAAAGAAUGACAUGAUCUGUGUUUCUUCCAUCGUUUUUCAGACUUUCUUCCCAGAUGUCUUUCAGACACCGGCCAUUUUGUGCCUCCUCUCCUAACAUGAGUUUGGAGGAACAGUCAUGGCCCUGAAAUCUCAUCUCGAUUAUAUGCUUUUUAAACACUUUUCUUCCUCUCACAGUUAACCUUAAGUUGUAAGCCCUAUCUUCCAAAGUUUUUGUUUGUCACAGACCUUUGGAGAUCCUGCUGGAGUGUGUGGAUUUGAAAUGAAAGUGUGAAAGAGUCCAGUGGUUCAGUUCUUGUAUUAUUUGUCUCUCCUCAAAACCAAAAGACUCAGCUUCCCAUUGAAUGAACUUAAACUGAAUUAAUUUAUAAGUUAAAAUAUAUUUGCAAAUUCCGACCAUGUGCUUGAGUGAGAAAUUCUAUUGGGGUCUUGCAAUAUUAUGGCAAAUCAAAACAAGCCAAAAACAUCAUUUAUACCGCCAAUGGGUUAGCAUUAUUCUUCAAUCAAAGCUGCUCUGUGUGCUUGGAGGAGAGAGAGUACCUGCAGUGCUUUAGUCAGGGGACUGCGUUUGCCUUACACCAUUUUGUAUUGUGAUUUGAAUAACACGAUGCGCUGGCUUGGUUACCAUUCCUUUUUGCCAUAGUAUGAAAUAUGUUUUAAAUGUUUGUUUUUUUUCCCCUCAGAUAUAAAAAAAAAAAAAUAUGGAAAAAAACUAAAUUCAAGACAAGGCUGUUGUAUGUAAAUCAUUUGUAAAAAGGCUUUUUGAACAGAGCUUGCUUUUUGCUCAGAUGUUUUAAGUUAUCAAUUUUCAAUAAUAAAUGCACUUCUUUUUUCAA